AUGACCAUUCCAAUCACAUAUCAGACAAGCCUGAACAUGAUUUUUAACUUGAGGCACAGGUUUGCGAGUGCCAGAAACAAGGCCCGCCAACCGGUUCAGACAAAAUCACCUCCGGAGAUUGAAGAAGCUUCAGCGAAGGAGAAAAGCCAAUCAGUCCACACAGAAUGGAGAGUGCUGAUGACAAAUUUGGCAGACAGUCGGGCACACAUCUACAAACUCCGCGUCAAAAGUAAUGAAAUCAGGGGUAAAUAUGAUAGACCAAAGUGUAAGAUUGCGCGGUCUAGUGAAGAAGCCUAUGGAGUGGAUUUCCUUCUGGGUAUCGAGCUGUGCUCUCUUGAGUUACUCUUCAGUUUGGCCGACCAUCUCAGAUAUCUGGAACGUGAACUAGAGAAGUAUUGUAAAAUGGUAAGGCGGCAGAUCUGUAAAAACCGAGCAAUGAAGAGGAAAGUUUUGCGGAGGCAUGAAGAGUGGUUGUCAAAAGCUGAGGAAUGCCAACAGCUGGAAAAGGAAUACAGCGCAUGGCAGUAUGCUUUGACUUUAGAAGAUGCAACAUUUUCCGUGUUGUACAAACUUGAAGACUGCACGCUGAUAGAUGCUAAGCACUGGGUUAGAGUUGAGCCAGAUACGAGAACAAAGCUAAACGUUCUACCAUGGAUCUGGCUUCCAGAGGGAAAGUGUGGAUUUCAAUGUCGUGUUGUCGAGAAAUGGCACAGGAAGGAAUACCAGGAUGCCGUUCUUGUUACGUUAGAUGUUCUGAGCACACAACAGAUACGUCCUGCCACACAACAACAUAGAAGUCGGCGGUCCUCAGUGGUCGAAAUAACGAAAGCCGUGGGCUUCUGUGCCGAGCUUUCAAGUAGAUGUCACCAAGCAAACCAGGAGUCGCUCAGCCUCAAUUGUGCGGACCAUUCGGUCAACCUUCUAACCUUUCUCACUCCCAGCAAACUGUCGAAAUCCGCUGAGCCAGUUGAAGAGGACGACAGGUACGUUCAAAUCACAAAAGCACUCAGCACCGCUGACAUCCAAGAAACUGAUUGGGCAUUGGUUAUGGAAGCGACCAGAAAGCUGGUCAGUGUGCUUUGGGGCUUGGGAAAGCAAGUGGACGCAUUGGCUUUAUUGCUAAGUGUGUUAAACGCGCGUAAAAACUCCUUAACGACUCUAAACCGAACCGCUUCAGCAAGCGGCUAUUCACUCUUUGGAUGUCUGCUUACCGGGGCACUCAUGAUGUUUGCCGGCCAAGUAACUUUGAGCACCUGUCAUCUGAAAAACUAUCAAGAUCAUGUAAGUCUGGGCUUGUUGGAGCUGGGCAUGAUUUAUUCUGAGGGAGCCCUUGCUUCCUCGAUCCUGGAAUCCUUGAGCUUGAAUGAAAAGACCAGGGAAAUUUUCAGGACCACACAAAUCCAAUCAACCUUUCUUCAGUGGGCUUUGCACAUAGAAGGUCUGGUCAGACUGUGUGCAAGCAUGGGGGCCACAUUCGACGUCUUAUUACUCGCAUGGAAGUUGCUCAAAGUUAUGGCUUUUAUUAAACCGAUGCAAGAUGAAAGUGCGAUGCUCAUAGAUAGACUGCUCCUUAUGGCUUUUCACGCAGAGGAGGAGGAAUAUCGUCGGGAGUUUUGGUUAGAAAACGACAGGGACUCCAGGAUCGAUCAAUACGUAAAGGGUCUGACAUUUGUACAAACUUCAGGAUCAGUAGAAUCUAUCCUGAAUGAAGUCGUGCUAGUUUGUAGGGGCCAGAGAUGGGACACUGCGGCUGCUUUCAUCCAUUGGUGGAUAACCGGCUGUUACAUGAUGCGGCGUGCCCUCAGCGUGCGACAAAAACGAUCGAGACAAAAUCCGACUUUUCGAGUCCCAUUUGCAAAAUUUGAACACAUCGUAGAUAUUACUACGGCUCCUAGCGCACGUCGAAAUGUCACAGUGAAUUUUCUGUAUUUUUUGGCCUGUGCUUCAACAAGAAACGGUACUGUGGACAACGCAGAUGAGGCUCAGCACAGCUCCUGUCUCAGAAUAGAUCCCAGAAUGAUCGCUUUAUUUCCUGCAUUCAAAAUGGCGGUCAUUGAAUUCACAGCAGUUAUCCAGAGGCUAUGUGUAGAAUAUGAUACACAUGAUAUGUUCUCAGAAAAUUAUUUGCAACUACAUUCCAACCGCAAACUACUUUCCUGGUGGCAACACGGUGCUACGGACCAGCGGGGGUCAGAUGCAACAACAUGGCGACCUGAUGAAGUGUUCAUCAAUAAACAGGAAUUGAUCCAUUUGCAGGAUGAAACAAUCGGACAUGUGGGCAGACACUUUCACUCGGUUUUAUUAACAAGUGGAACAAAAGCCGACAGUCAAUUGUCAAGCGUGUUUACAAUAAAUAAGCCACGCAGAGCAUGUGCCCAUCUACAAUUUACCCCCUAUCCUGUUGUAGAUUCUCUAACGCCUAUGGUGUUUACCUAAUGAAAUGCGAACAGCAAAGUAUAGACCAAGUUAACGCUGAUGGCAGUUGUCAAUAGCUGUCUGGAUAGAAUGUCCCUCUUCCAUGCUGUAAAAAAAGCAAGCGCAAAAUUAAACAUUAACGGAAACUUGGUGACGACAACAAAUACAACCAGUGUUCCUCGCGCAUUGUGUGUUAUGCUCAGGUACGCAACUUCAUGAACGCUACCACGCGUCCGUCCACACCAGAUGUGCAAAUGUAAAGCGCUAAUAAAGUAUCCUUUUUACAUG